AUGUGGUUUAGAAUAAUUAGUGGUAUUCUGUUGCUAGCAGGCAGUGGAGUAGCGGUUCACGGACAGUGUUACUAUUCGUUGGAUAUGAAAUUUGGUUCCGAUUACUACCUUACUUCGCCCGGAUAUCCGCUGCUCUAUCCGCCGAGUACUAUGUGUUCCUAUCGAGUGAAUGCCCCCUUUGGAUAUAGAAUCAAUUUAACCUGCGAAGAAUUUCAGAUUCCCCGUAAGCGACCACAUGCCCCUCCUAAACCAUUGUUUGGCAAUAAACCUGCAGAAAGCACCAACUGCAUACUGGAUUCCUUUUCCAUCUCACCGUCCGGGCGGGAAGAUCUGCUAGAUGCAUUCACCUACUGUGGCGCUGGCGUGAUUCAGCACAAGUCAGUUGCCAACCGGCUCUAUCUACAGCUACGCUCAGCUCCAACCAGUCGGGGUGGAAAGUUCCUCUGCAAAAUGUCACUCAUUCAUCAGAGCUGCUCAUGUGGCAAGAAGAAAACCAUGCGAAUCGUCAACGGAGUUGAAACCAUGGUCAAUGAGUUUCCAAUGAUGGCAGCCAUGAUCGACGUCGAGACCAGAACUGUUAUUUGUGGUGCUGUGUUAAUUUCAGAUUUUUACGCUGUUACAGCAGCUCACUGUUUGGUUCAUCGCACCGUAGAUGACACAGUUCUGCUGGUUGGCGAUCAUAAUCUUACCACGGGAACGGAUACAAUGUAUGCUAAACCGUACGUCCUUGCACAAGUUUUAGUGCAUCCUGGAUACACAAUUCAACCGUUAACCAACGAUAUAGCACUCCUACGUACGCUUCGUCGGGUUCAGUACAACUCCGGUGUAGGUCCAGUCUGUUUACCGUGGAAAUUCCGCGGUAAUAACUUCCACGGUGCCGUAGUGGAGGCUUGCGGUUGGGGAGACCUCGAAUUCGGUGGACCACGGGCUACGGCUCUCAACAAGGUGGCCUUGAAUGUUAUCGAUAAUCGCGAGUGCUCAUCGCGGUUGAAUAGCACUAUUUCAUACCAGAAGAUGUGCACCUACACCCCGAAUAAGGACACGUGUCAAUCUGACUCUGGUGGACCACUAUUCUACACCGAGCCGGGGAGCGGACUGGUUUACGAGAUUGGCAUCAUAAGCUAUGGGAUUGCCUGUGCUACAACAAAUCCCAGUGUUAACACCAGGGUCACCGAAUAUUUGGACUGGAUUAUGGCCAACAGUCCCGACACGUUCUACUGCUUCCAGUGAUGAGGUUUGCUGUUUAGCGGUGGCAGCAGAUAUACUGAGCAGCCGGGUGGCUGGGAUUCGGUCUACAAAUGAUGCGUUUGCCGGAUCGUAAGUUGUGGUCGGGGUGAAGUAGGGUAUGGCAAAUGAACAAAAUCCGUUAAAAGUGCUUUGUAGAUUAUUUUUUGAAAAGAAGCAAACAACAUAUUUUGUUAAAGCUAGCUUUAAAUUUCCUGUUUAUAUGCAAAUGAUUUGGAUUUUUCAAUCGUUUUGACGGAGAAAAUCGAAGCUAGUAAUUAAAGUAGCCUAAAAAAUAAUUUUUGUUUGGCAUUACUUUUGGAAAUAUGAGGAAAAAAAGACCAUUU